UUCUAAUUAAGCGUGCGGUGUUUCUGGAAAAUGAGUAGGAUGCCCCGGCCCUUGCUCUGAGUCAACAACAGCUCUUAUAUAUUUUCCAUUUUAAUUCGUGACUCCGUGAAUUGCAAAGAUGGGUCCACUUGGUCUGUUUAGUGGACUUGUGUGUUCCUUGAUAUUUCUUCCCAAUGGGAAAGAAGUUUGGUGUAAAGAAGAAGGUAUCAACGAGAUAAAGUAUCUCAACAAGUACAAACUGACUGAGAUGUUUCUUCAGGUUGAGCCAAAAAAUAUCCAACCCCUUCUUGAAGCCACUACAAAGGUUGCUGUAGAAUAUGUCAAUAAGAUUAUUGGUGAAGAUAAAGAUAAACGUAUAGUUGAAAAGUCAAUUACAAAUAUGGAUAGAAUGGGCAAACGUUUAAAGGCGUUUUUGAAACAAUUGACAGAUUGGAAAACGACCAGGAUACAACUUUUAGAUAUCAUCAAGAAUGAGAAUGAUUCGAAAGUUUUGUUGGAAGUGACAGAUGAAACAUUCAAAUCCAUGCAUAAAAAUUUCAGUUGGACUAUUGAUAAUGAAAUUCAAUUUCUUGGGUCUUGGUCUUUCUUUGGUCUGUCUUGGACAGAAAAAGUGGGACUUACUUACAUAAAUGAUGAUAUGCAAAGGAGUCUUAAAAUCACAAAAGACUACAGUAAAAGCUUCAACAAACUGUUCAAAGCAAGUCCGAGUUUCAGAAAAAUGAAAGAGGUUAAAAUACUAAAACAAAUAUUGAGCCAAUUCUACAAGGAGACUAAGAAGCUUCAGAAAUCGACAAGCAAGAUCGUCAAGGUCAUCCUACAGUUGAGAAUCCCUGAUGGUAUAGAGAACAUGGCGUCUAACAAUUGCAAUGCAGAAUCUAAAGGGGUUAAUCUUAUAAGGACAGAUGACGGUGCGAGUUUUUUAGCAGUGUGUGAUGCGGAAUGGCUUGUUGUGGCUCAAAGGUUUGAUGGAAGUGUAAACUUCACGAGGUAUUAUGAAGAUUACAGUAUUGGCUUUGGUAAUCCCCCGUCAGAGUACUUCAUUGGACUCGACAAUUUUGUGUCUGCAGCCUCACAAGAUAUAUAUAUGUUGCGUUUUGAGUUGACAACAUGGGAAAAUGAAACCAGAACGGCCGAUUAUAUGACGUUUGAUGCCACACCUUUAGAUUAUGCCGAUGUAGGUUACUAUACCCCUUCCUGGUAUAGUUUAAGAAUAUGGAAUUUUCGAGGCACAGCUGGAAAUUCUCUUAACUAUAGAGUGAAAUAUAAUUAUACUAGCCGAAAUUAUAUCGGAUUUACGAAUACAGGAAAAUGUUUUAAGGAGGAGAUAGGAUGGUGGUGGGGUUAUUGUGGUAAAGCCAACCUAUUUGGACGAUAUAACCAUGGACCUGAAUGUGAUAAAGCAAUGGACUGUAUGAGUUGGCAAGCAUGGCCAGACCAACUUCUAAAUGAAAAGGAUAAUAAGUUUUAUUCAUUCAAAGCUAUGAGAAUAAUGAUACGUCCACUGCCCAUUGAAGCCCCUCCAAAAUGUAUAAAAGGGGUUGCUAAUGAAUUUAACGCUGCUCAAAGAAGUGAUAAUGAUAACAAGCUUCUUGCCAAAUGUGAAGGACAGUGGUUGGUUGUUGCUCACAGGUUUGACGGAAGCAUUGAUUUCAAUCGCACAUGGAAUGAAUAUAAAGCCGGAUUUGGUAACAUCUCUGGAGAGUUCUUCAUAGGUCUUCAAGCUCUAUUUAGAUUGACACUUAGAAAUACAUUCAUGGUCCGUUUUGAAAUGAUAAAUAAUAGUGGUAUAAUGAUUUAUUUGGAGAAUGAUGGCUUCACUAUCUCAGAUGAACACGAUCGUUUUCGAUUUUCGGUUCAUGAUUUCUGGGAGAACAGAAGAAAUGGAAGUUUUGCCUAUAUGCCUAAUACAAGGUUCUCUACUUGGGAUAAUGAUAAUAACCAUGAUAUAUCAUGUGUGCAGCAAACAGGCGGACCAUUCUGGCAUUCUCAUUCUGCAGACAAGUGUGACACAACAUGGCCAUCAUAUAUCUUUGGACAAUUCAAAUUCAAGGACAUGAAAAUGAUGAUCAAACUUGUUGAGACGCCGUGUGGUGAACGAAAAAGUGGGAUCAAUGAUAUACAUCCCCUGGGUGGAUCGUCAUUUAAAGCAAAGUGUGAGGAAAACUGGCUCAUGGUCGCUCACAGAUUUGAUGGGAGUGUCGAUUUUUAUCGUACUUGGGCUGAAUAUAAAACUGGUUUCGGUGAUCCAUCGGGAGAGUACUUUAUUGGCCUUAAUAAUUUAUUAUCUUUGUUUACUGGAGAUAGAAAUUAUGUGCUAAGAUUGGAAUUCACAACAUGGGAUGGGCGAACUGAGACUGCAGAAUACUACGUAUUUCGACUUGGCUGGAAAAGUGAAACUUCCAUUCGACUUGAGGAUUUUCGAGGUUCUGGAAAAGAUGUUAUAUCAACUUCUGAUUAUUACCAUUAUACUUAUGACACCAUUAAUGACUACCCGUUUUCUACUUGGGAUCGUGAGGAUGAUCCUUGGACAAACUGUUCUGCAUUACGCAGAGGUGCCUGGUGGUGGUACAGACCAGAAGGAAGCUCUGAAUACUAUUAUGAAAGAGGUGUGGAUUACAAGGACCAAGAUGGCUGUGGAUUUACCAACCCAUUUGGACGAUAUAUGAAUGAAUCAAAAUGUGACAUAGAGUAUGGAUGCAUGAGCUGGUUAGGUUGGCCAGGGGAGCUUUUCAGUGAAGCCGAGCGGAAAGCAAACAAGGAUCUUCACAAUGGCUGGUAUUCAUUCAAAGAGAUGAAAUUCCUGAUACGUCCUAGAGAACCAAAUUGGUUAAGUUGGAAUUGGUGGGCGUAUUAAUGACAUAUAUGUCUGAUGACUUUGCAUUUGUAUCUGGUUAUGGGACUGAUAUACAGACAUUAAAAACGCAAUUCACUUCUAGAAAGAAUUUAAUUACUAC